UUCGAAACCAGCUAAGCACUCCCUCUCUCCCUCUCUCUCCCUCUGAGUUCGAGAAAGUGAAAUAGGAUCCCUCUCCAACCUAUAAAGAAAACCACCCACACCCCAUAAUUCUCUGAAGUAAAAAAAUAAUAAAGCAAUUUCUUGCCUUAGCCUUCUCUCUGUUCUCUCUUUUCUUGUUUGUCUUCUUAUACAGCCCCCAUUUUCAUCCCAAUCAUCAAGCAAUCAUAGGCUUCUCUGUUUUCCUCCUUCAUCUAUCUGUCAUAGCACCGUAAGGCUUAUUUACAUAUAUAGAUCCUUUCUAGCUACUAUGACAUAAAAUACGCACAGAAGAAUAUUUGAAAUAUGGUUAGGGGUAGUGGAAGUUGUUCUUGGCUUCCUACGUCGUUCUUCUGUGGUCGAGCACUUGCAAUAGUGGGGCUUGUCUGUCUUCUGGUCGUUGGAAGCUUGACUUCUGUUCCUGCAACCACUCUAUCUUCAGAAGAAAGACUCAAGCAUGAGUUUGUCUUGGGUCGUACUGACAGUGAUCAUAAACAUGUGAACCAACAAGAGUUGGAUUUUAACUACAUGAGCAAAAGAAGAGUUCCCAAUGGCCCUGAUCCCAUCCAUAACAGGAGAGCUGGAAACUCUGGUCGACCUCCGGGUCGGGCUUAGUGAACGGGGAAUCCGACAAGGAGAUGAUGACAAAUGAUGUUAACCUUGUUCUUGUGAGAAUGGGACUUUUAUGUUUGUGUACUAUCUCUGAGCUUCUUAGGAUUCCAGAUUGCAUGCAAGGGUGAAUUUCUCACAAGGAAAGGAACCCAAAAAAAAAAAAAAGGAAACUUGUCCCACAGGAAAAUAAGCUCAAAAGAAUCAAACUCAGAUCUCAGUUUCUGCAGGAACUGCAAUUUAGAGAAUUUUUAUUUUUUCAAUCAAAUUUUCAAACUUGUCUUGUUGUGAGAGAGAGAAGGAGAAGGAGGAUAUAGUAUGACUACAAAUUCCAAGGAGAGUUUGCAUGUAAAGCACAUGAGAAACGUAGCUUUAAAGUUGAAAAGCCACAAAGAGAUAACUCGAAGAGGAAUACAUUGAAGCAGCAGCCAUGCAUGCAUGCUUUGGAGGACUAGAUGAAGCUAACAUCAAGUACAAGUCUCUUUGUCACAAAAGAAACACUACAGCCAGCUGGCUUUGGCUUGUUUGUUCACUAUGAAUUUGUUUUGGAAUAUCUUUGUUUUUCCUUCUUUUUUUAAUUUGUAUUGUUUGUUAUUGUAAAGAGAAUAGAGGCAUGAGUUCCUAAAGUAAAGUAAAUCCCAUCAUUUAAAGUUGUUAGCGCACCUCUAAAAGAUGAGUUUUUGCA